GCCAAUGACGUUUUGCGCAUGCUCACGUUGAGCCAGAGAGCUGCAAGGAAAAAGUACAAGAGACAAAGGAAUAAACAACUCCGGGAGAGGACGCGAAAGCGCCAAGUUAGAGGAACGAAAGCAGCCGAGCUUGUAACGUAUCGUAUACGGACAGAGCCAAGGUUAUCUCUGAGGUUCUCACCGUGGUCUGCUCUGACAGUUGCCAGGAUCCUGCACUGCUGACCCAUUUAGUCCCAGUCAGCUGUACAAGUCAUGCUUAAGUCUUUUCCACCCUGAUGUCGUCCAAAAUGGAAAGAACUGCUCUGCCCUAGUGGUUAUUAUGUUGCUUGGCAAGUCUUUGUGCAAUAACAAAAUGAAGAGCACAGAAAGGGGACCCAGUCGAAUCUGCUUCUGAGAAGAUCCAUCGGUUCCAUUUUUCUAAUCUUUUCACUGAUUCACUGCAAGGUGCACUGGCUCACCUUUCACUCCAGUAACUACCUCCCCUCCCCUUGCCACUCAUCCCGAGCAGCUGAGAGGUUGCUUUGGAGAUGAUAGUGGUGACAUAGCAGCAGGAAUGGGGAGUACUCCAUGUUCUGGUAAGGGGAGGGGGGUCGGGGGGUUUCAGGAGCUGGGCUGUAUGCCAUGGAAGGUCAGCAAGCAGAAAGGAGAAGUUGUCGGUGGACGUGGGUCCGAGCUGGAGGAUAGGCUGAAUGCUGGAACGCCCCCCACCUUGUCACAACCUCCCGCCAUUUAUCACGAAAAGCAGCAUCGGGAGCUGUGCGCUCUGCAUGCCCUAAACAAUGUCUUCCAGGACGGAGCGGCCUUCAGUCGGGAUGCACUUCAGGACAUCUACCAGAGGCUCUCCCCUAGCACUUUGGUAACGCCCCACAAGAAAAACAUGCUGGGAAAUGGCAACUAUGAUGUGAAUGUCAUCAUGGCUGCAUUGCAGACGCGUGGGUUUGAGGCUGUUUGGUGGGACAAGAGAAGGGAUGUCGGCAGCAUUGCACUGCCGAACGUCACUGGAUUCAUCUUGAAUGUGCCAUCCAAUCUGCGUUGGGGGCCGUUACGACUGCCCCUCAAGCGCCAACACUGGAUUGGAGUUCGAGAAGUGGGAGGAGUCUACUAUAACUUGGACUCCAAACUGCGCAGUCCUCAUGCUAUCGGAACAGCUGAUGAACUGAGGAAGUUUUUGCGUCACCAGCUUCGAGGGAAGAACUGUGAACUCCUAUUGGUUGUGCCAGAGGAGGUGGAAGUCCACCAGACAUGGAGGUCUGAUAACUGAUGAAUGUUUCGGAUUGUUUGUUUUUUUUGGUUUUUGUUUUGUAGGUUUCUUAAAUUCAUGCUCAGGAGGGAAAUGUGAGGUUCAGUCAGGGACCCAUUUAAAGAGCAAAUCGAGUUGCACUCAACUGGUCAUGAAAGCACACUGCUCAGACUUGUUUACACACACACACACUCACACACGCUGGACUCUUGCCAUGGAGACUGAAGCAGCAAAGGACACACACAGGGUUAUCACAAGACAACAAAACACUACGCAGAGAAUUGUGUUUGGUAUUUGGGAUUCUGAUGCAUUUUUUAUACAUUGAUUAUUUCUUUUACUUUGUACUGUUUUUGGACUUGAAAGUGAGAGGUUAUGGAAUGAUUAGUGAUGUGUUCUCCUCGUGCAUCACCUGUCAUCCUCGCCACUUCUCUCUUUCCAUGUGAUUUCACGUGCAUCCAUGUGAUCAUCUGAACUGUCCACCACACAUUACAGGUCACCGAAAAAGGUAUUCGUUUGACCAACUAGAUUUUGUUUAACACAGGGGUGCAUAUGUACUUAUUAGUGCAUGUACUUGAAGAUUUAGAGAAGGAACACCAGUAGCCCCUGAUUAACUGUUUCCUACAUAUUAAACGGCAUAGUGACAGAUGAGAUGUUUCCUGUGUAUCACAGUACAGCAUGGCACCACAGUAAUUGGAUGUUUUGUGUUCGUUUCCUAUACCAUAUGUUACCAAAACGGUCACCUGUUAAUCUCUUACCUUUAACAGUUUCUCUGGACACCCUUUUCUUGUUAGACAGUGAAGGUUAGACUUGUUGAAUCCUAGACUACAUGUAGGAAAAUAAAACCGAGAGUGUUGGUGGUUUAAAAAAAAAAAAAAGUUAAACUGCCAAAACCUGUUGUUAAUUGAAACGGCUGUAUAUACUUUUAAAAUGGCACAUGCUGAACUAAGAGUUAGAAAGGUUGAGUUAUCUUGCAAAGUUUAUUCAUCUUUGAUUGAUAUUGGAUUAACAUGGCCUUAAACUGUUUACAGAGGGAGCCGAUUUACACAAAGGGAAGUCUAAUAAUGCAUCUCAGGUUAUCUUCAGAUUCAACUUGAUUAAAUUUCACUUGUUAAACACCGAUCUUCAAAAUAUUAUGGAAAACACUUCAAAUAGAUUAUAUAGACACUCAAAUCAGAUGCUACAACUUAAAAGGAACAUUCCACAUGUCCAUACACAGGGUGCUUUGUAAUACUGUAGAGAUUAAUAGAUUUCUUUGCCAUGACAAUCUAAAUCUCCACAACCCAUUUUGCAGGGGGACGGGGAUAACAUGUGCUCAUGCCAUUGUUUUCCAUUCAAAUAAAAUGCUUAUUAUGGCACUUUAUGUAUGGUGUAAAAUGUGCAGUGACAUCAUUAAAAAUGUCUUUAUGUA